AUGCAGCUUCUACGCCAACUCACCUGUCCUGUGGCCGUCCGGUCAACCCACCAGUGGCCUACAGGUCAACCCACCAGUGCCCUACAGGUCAACCCACCAGUGGCCUACAGGUCAACUCACCAGUGGCCUACAGGUCAACCCAUCAGUGGCCUACAGGUCAACCCACCAGUGGCCUAUAGGUCAACCCACCAGUGGCCUACAGGUCAACCCACCAGUGGCCUACAGGUCAACCCACCAGUCUCCUACAGGUCAACCCACCAGUGGCCUACAUUUCAACCCACCAGUGGCCUACAGGUCAACCCACCAGUGGCCUACAGGUCAACCUACCAGUCUCCUACAGGUCAACCCACCAGUGGCCUACAGGUCAACCCACCAGUGGCCUACAGGUCAACCCACCAGUGGCCUACAGGUCAACCCACCAGUGGCCUACAGGUCAACCCACCAGUGGCCUACAGGUCAACGCACCAGUGGCCAACAGGUCAACCCACCAGUGGCCUACAGGUCAACCCACCAGUGGCCUACAGGUCAACACACCAGUGGCCUACAGGUCAACCCACCAGUGGCCUACAGAUCAACCCACCAGUCUCCUACAGGUCAACCCACCAGUGGCCUACAGGUCCACCCACCAGUGGCCUACAGGUCAACCCACCAGUGGCCUACAGGUCAACCCACCAGUCUCCUACAGGUCAACCCACCAGUGGCCUACAGGAUGGUGAGGAUGAGGAAGCAGAUGAGGAGGAAGUGGAUGGGGAGGAAGUGGAUGGGGGUGAAGUGGAUGGGGGGGAAGUGGAUGGGGGGGAUGGUGAAAGUGGAGGAGAGGUAGGUGGAAGAAGAACAGGAGGUGAAAGAGAGGGUGGGGCGAUGGAAGGAGGCAAUGGGGGGCUUGAGGGGGGCGCUGGAUGGGAUGUGGUUGGGAGCACAAUGGAUGGGCGGGGUGGAUAA